AAAAAAGUAUGACGUCGUGCAGUAAGCUGCUUCCUCGUAUCAAACCGGCGUUCUGAUUCAAUUUCCACUCUUGAAGUAUUAACUCUAACAUCAGCCGCUAGUUACCAAGUGUUUUUUUUGCUGACUCGAGUGAGAAAAGUGUCACUUUCCAAAGCAGAACACAAGUUGACUUGAGUGUUUGUUUCCACCCGAGUUAAUAAUCAGCGAGCACUACAGCGGACAUGGCAGCCCUCCGAUCGGUCAUCCAGAGAAGAUUGACUCAGACGCUUCCUGUGGUCUUGGCAUCUCAGCGUCUGUCCAGCUCCUUCAAGGCCGUCGACCUCACCAUUGAGCGAAACCCGGUAUGCAAGGACAAGCCCGACCCGUCAGCUCUGGUGUUCGGCAAGCAGUUCUCGGACCACAUGCUGACCAUCACGUGGUCCGCUGGCGCCGGCUGGGACGCUCCCAAGAUCAAACCCUUCCAGAACCUGUCUCUGCACCCCGCCAGCUCCGCCCUGCACUACUCCAUUGAGCUCUUUGAAGGUAUGAAGGCGUUCCGCGGCGUCGACAACCGCGUACGACUCUUCCGUCCGAUGCUCAACAUGGAGAGGAUGCAUCGCAGCGCCGAGCGCAGCUGUCUACCUAUGUUUGACAAAGGAGAGCUGCUGAAGUGCAUCAGGAAGCUGGUGGAGGUGGACCAGGAGUGGGUUCCGUACUCCCAAGACGCCAGCCUCUACAUCCGGCCCACGUUCAUCGGGAUUGAGCCAUCCCUCGGCGUGACGCGGGCCAGUCAGGCUUUGCUCUUCGUCAUCGUCGGCCCGGUCGGCCCGUACUUUGCCACCGGCUCUUUCAACCCCGUCUCCCUGCUGGCCGACCCGUCCUUUGUGCGUGCCUGGAAAGGAGGCGUCGGCGCUUACAAGAUGGGAGGGAACUAUGGUCCAACCAUCGCUGUGCAGAACGAGGCGGUGCAGCGAGGCUGCCAGCAGGUUCUGUGGCUGUACGGAGACCAGGAAGAGAUCACAGAGGUCGGCACCAUGAACCUCUUCAUCUACUGGACCAACAAGAACGGAGAGAAGGAGUUGGUGACCCCCCCUCUGGACGGAAUCAUCCUUCCUGGAGUCACCAGACAGUCUCUUCUGGACCUGGCCAGAACCUGGGAUGAGUUCAAGGUGACGGAGCGCACGAUGGGCAUGAAGGAGCUGCUGGGGGCUCUGGACUCUGGACGGGUUCUGGAGGUGUUUGGAGCCGGUACAGCGUGUGUGGUGUGUCCAGUGGGCAGCCUCCUCUACAAGGGCAAGACGGUCCAGAUCCCAACCAUGCAGAACGGACCUGACCUGGCCAAGAGGUUCUACAAAGAGCUUACUGAUAUUCAGUAUGGACGCAAGGCAAGUGAUUGGGCACCACUGGUGGCUUAAGAUGCUCAAGCCAGUCCGAUCAACAAACACAUCCCAUAAAACCUUCAUUGACCUCCUAACCACAAAUGCACUCCUCCUCACCACCAAGCAGAGACAAGGUUGGUCUCCACUGGUUGUCAUAGCAACACUUGAUGCUGGAGCAACAUGAAUAGUAUGCAAUGUUUUCAACUUUGAUCUUUUUGUGUUUACCAGAAGAACAAUUGUACUUUAUAGAUAAAUAUAUAUAAUAAUGCAUAUAUAGCACAAUGUUACUCUUCCUAUAGACUGUACUUGUAGCAGCUACAUACAGCAUACAGUGGUAUGAAAAAGUAUCUGAACCUUUUGGAAUUUCUCACAUUUCUGCAUAAAAUCACCAUCAAAUGUGAUCUGAUCUUUGUCA